AUGGCGCCUCCUAAUCUUCCUGUUAAUCCGAUCAACGAUGUUUCUCUGCCUGAAAUCAUAGAAGAAUAUUUCGACUUGUCGGAUGAGCUUAGUGUUAGAGGUGUUCCACUGCUUGAUGAAGUUCCAAACAAUGUCACUUUCAGUCCCUUUAAUUCAAUCUGCCAGCCUUGUGACGAUGUUCCACUUCCCCUGCUCAACCGUGUCGGUGCCUUGUCACACAAGGGAGGGUUCCUGGGGUUCAAAGCGGAUGUGCCUUCGGAUAGGUUGAAGAAUUCCUUGGGAAGAUCCAGUGACAGGGAUUUUCUCAGCAUUUUUCGGUUCAAGACAUGGUGGUCUACCAUGUGGGUUGGAAACUCCGGUUCGAAUUUGCAGAAGGAAACACAAUGGGUGCUUUUUGAUGUCCCUGAGAUAAAAUCCUAUGUGAUCAUCAUACCGAUUAUUGAUGGAUCUUUUAGGUCUGCUCUUCAACCCGGUAGUGAUGGACAUGUUGUGAUCUGUGCCGAGAGCGGGUCUACGCAAGUGAAAGCAUCUAAUUUCGAUGCUAUUGCUUAUGUUCAUGCUUCUGACAAUCCUUACAACUUGAUGAAAGAGGCCUUUAGUGCUAUUAGGGUUCAUCUUAAUACCUUCAGGCUGUUGGAAGAGAAAACAGUUCCGAAUCUGGUUGACAAAUUCGGUUGGUGCACUUGGGAUGCCUUCUACUUAACGGUUGAACCUGCUGGAAUUUGGCACGGUAUAAAUGAGUUCACUGAAGCCGGUGUGUCUCCUCGCUUUCUCAUCGUUGAUGAUGGCUGGCAAAGCAUCAGUUUUGAUGAAAAUGAAGACCCGAAUGAGGACGCGAAAAAUCUAGUCCUUUGUGGAAGUCAGAUGCUUGCUAGGCUUCACAGGUUUGACGAGUGCAAGAAAUUCCGGAACUACAAAGGCGGUUCCAUGUUAAGUCCAAACGCGCCUUCGUUUGAUCCCAAAAGGCCAAAGAUGUUGAUAGCAAAAGCAAUAGAAAUUGAGCAAGCUGAGAAGACCCGUGACAAGGCCGUUCGGUCUGGGGUCACUGACCUAUCUGUCUUCGAAACAAAAAUUCAGAAGUUGCAGCAAGAGUUGAGUGAGUUACUUGGUGGGCAAGAAACUGGUGCUAGUAAUGGAAGCUGCCGGGGAUGUACUUGCAGGGUUGGAAGCUAUGGACUGAAGGCUUUCACAAGUGACUUGAGAAGCAAUUUUAAGGGUUUGGAUGAUAUAUAUGUGUGGCAUGCUCUUUGUGGGGCCUGGUGUGGUGUUAAGCCUGGUGCAACCCAUCUCAAUGCUAAGAUCACUCCCUGCAUUCUCCCUCCCGGACUUGACGGAACUAUGAAUGAUCUCGCGGUGGAUAAAGUGCUUGAAGGGGGAAUGGGGCUUGUUCAUCCCGAUCAUGCUUCUCUUUUAUACGACUCGAUGCAUUCGUACCUCUCUGAAGUUGGCGUCACAGGAGUCAAAGUGGAUGUUAUUCAUAUUCUUGAAUAUGUGUCUGAGGAACAUGGAGGUCGCGUGGAGCUUGCGAAGGCUUAUUACAAGGGCCUGAGUGAUUCUCUUGUGAAGAACUUCAAUGGGAGUGGACUUAUUUCUAGCAUGCAGCAAUGCAACGACUUCUUCUUCCUCGGGACAAGGCAAAUUUCCAUGGGAAGAGCUGGUGAUGAUUUUUGGUUCCAGGACCCGAGUGGAGAUCCAAUGGGAGUUUACUGGCUACAAGGUGUUCAUAUGAUCCACUGCUCCUACAACAGUAUGUGGAUGGGGCAGAUGAUCGUGCCGGAUUGGGAUAUGUUCCAAUCAGACCAUCUUUGUGCCAAAUAUCAUGCCGGGUCUAGGGCUAUCUGUGGAGGUCCGGUGUAUUUAAGUGACUUCGUUGGUAGUCAUGAUUUCGAUCUCAUCAAGAAGCUUGUUCAUCCAGAUGGAACUGUUCCCAAUUGCCUGCAUUGUGCCCUUCCAACCAGAGACUGCCUCUUCAAAAAUCCUUUGUUUGACGGCAAAACUGCUCUCAAAAUUUGGAACUUCAACAAGUUUGGUGGUGUGAUUGGAGGAUUCAACUGCCAAGGAGCAGGUUGGGACCCCAAGGAGCAAAGGAUCAAAGGCUUUCCAGAUUGCUACAAGCCAAUCCUUUGUUCAGUGCAUGUUUCUGAUAUUGAAUGGGAUCAAAACUUAGAACUAGCUCAUAUGGGAAAGGCUGAAGAGUACAUUGUCCAUCUCAACCAGGACGAUGAACUCCGCGUUUUGACUCCAAAAUCUGCUGCUAUUCAAAUCACUAUCCAGCCGUCUUCCUUUGAGAUUUUCACCAUUGUGCCAGUCCAAACCCUCAGCCCUGGCAACAAAUUCGCUCCGGUGGGACUUACAAACAUGUUCAACAGUGGAGGAAGCAUCCAGGAAUUGGAGUACACAAUUGAGGGGGAAGUUAGUGCAAAGGUGAAGGUCAAAGGUGGAGGCAGUUUCUUGGCCUACGCGAGUGGGUGUCCAAAGAAAUGUUGUCUGAAUGGUGGAGAGGUGGCUUUUGAGUGGUCUGAUAAGGGCAAACUGAAGCUCAAUCUUCCUUGGGUUGAAGAAGCUGCUGGCAUUUCUGAGUUAGUUUUUAUGUUUUGA